ACACACAGAUAGAGAUCUUCCGAUUUCAACGCCCUACCCGUGAAAAUAAUUUCACAUUUAUAAACCGACGAAGUGUAAUGGAGAUGGCGAUAACUUUGGACAACGCGAUUCAAGCCAACUUCUCUCCGUUAAUGUGGACUAUAGAUGCAUUAAGUAAUGUAAGCGAAGUACUUGAAGCCCCGUUUUACAAGAGACGCAGCAGGAUCAUCUCCGUAACCCUCAUUUUCACCCUGGCUUUCAUGGGGAACCUGACAGUGGUGUAUAAAAUCUGUGGCAGCAGAAGGAAGCGGAAAAUUGAUUUCCUCGUCGCUAACCUGGCGGCGGCAGACCUCUGUGUAUCUAUCAUGACUUUGCUCUCUCAGGUCGUUUGGGAGAUGUUGGAAGAUGCGUGGUUAGUCGGUGAUCUUGCGUGCAGAUUUUCCAAAGUUUUCCAGGUCUUUGGACUGAUUGCUUCUUCGAAUAUUAUAGCGACUAUCGCUUCGGAAAGGUACCACGCCACAGUCAAUCUAAAGGAAAGUCCUUUCCCCACCAAGAUCUUAACGAUUAUAUCGUGGAUCUGCGCUCUCAUAUUCGCAGCUCCCCAGGCGUUCAUCUUCAAACUGACCAUACAGGAAGGAAACGGAAAAUGCCUCAGUACCUUUGGUCAGAUGCAUAAAUGGCACUUCCAAAUGUUUAUAAUAUUUGGAGCUAUUACUGACUUUUUUGUUCCCUUUUGCAUUUUGUGCGUGGCCUUCACAAGAAUCCUCUGGACCGUUUGGAGGAGAGCGUCGUUAAUCGAAAACUGCACAAAGGAAGUACAGCGCGAUGGAUCCUUUCCAACCAUUGCUCCCAAAAGCUCAAUCCCAAGAGCCAAGAUAAAGACUUUGAAGAUGACUUUAGUAAUUAUUAUAUCCUUUAUAAUUUGUGGGUUGCCUUAUUUUGUCUUAGAGAUGAAAAUUGCCUUUGGGACAAUACCAGAGGCGCACACUGAUUUAAUCACGGUCCUUGGAAUCUUGGUGGUUUCCAAUAGCGCUGUCAACCCCUAUGUCUAUCUGUUCUUUAGGACCGAUAACGUCCAUUUAAGGCGACUGGAGAAGAGAGUGUGUUUCUCGUGCCUGAAAGGCUACAGAGAGGAAACAUUCCACAGAGAAUUAUGCGCAGUUGGGAAACGGAUGGAGGACACCAACAUCACCGCUUCCGAGGAUGACGCGGCUCACCAUUUAGCUUCUGUGGACAACGGCUCGUCUCCCGUCUCCAGUCUGUGACACCGCAUCCUGUCAAACUUUUCUGUGAGGAGUGUCUCGCUCAGUUUCUGUUAUUGUUGGUGGAGAUUGGACGCGAUACAGAGAUGAUCGGCAUUAAUCGCUUCGUAGGGCUCUGCUGCUCGUGACAGGGAGAGAGAGAGAGUGACAGAAAGCCACAGCAGGACUGCUCUACAGCACUGGGAAUCCACUUAUUCUGGAAACUACACCAAUAUUUUGAUCAUAGGAUUCUCCCAACAAUGCAAUGAGAUUUUGUAAGAAUCCUGUCAGUUACUUAACAGCAGAUUCGACAAUCCUAAACUAUAAAAUAUACCAAUAACUUUGUUAUCUUUCUGCUUGGAAGUGAGCAUUUAAUUGUUUUACGCUUUUUUUUUGUAAAGAAAAUAUUGUUCGUGUAAUGUUUUAUUAAUUUUUUCACCAACUGUAAUCUUUCAAUUUAUUUCUUGCCUUGUAGCUGAUAAGGAGAAUUAAUUUCUGUCUCACACACACACACACACACACACACACACACACACACACACAUUUGCAGAUGCUGAAAAACCAAUGCAACACACUCUAAAAAUGCAGGUCAGGCAGCAUCUGGAGAGAAAUAAAGAAUGGAUGUUUUUAGCUGAGACCCUUCGUCAGGAGCCACACACACUUCCUUUUUCCGUUGUUCUGGCAGUGUGUCUUCAAAGGUAAUAAGACAACAAAUUGGAACCGUCCAUCCCGUGUUCUUCCAAGAAUUGUCACUCAGAAUGGUGUGGGGGCUAGGGCUAAGCUGUUCUGAAGAAACCUAACACAGUUUAAGUUAUUAUUCAGUUCUUUAAGUUUUGGACUACUUUGUCCUUUAACUUGCCAAGUAAAACAAAAAAUAAGUCAGGAAAAUCUGGUUAGACAAUAUGGAUCCUUCAGUUUUCGUUCUUUUUUGCCAACCUGCAAUCUCAUUUUUCCUGGCGACUUUACAGUUCACUGUUACUAAAAGACAACUUUCAUUUUGUGUUUCUGUUGUGCCUUUUUUCCUGGUACAUAAUUCAAUACAGAAAUCCUAUUUCUUAUUUGAAGAUACAGCACAGUAACAGGCCCUACCAGCCCAAACCACCUGUUUACACCCAUAUGACCAAUUUACCUACUAACUGGUAGGCUUUUGGAAUGUGGGAGGAAACCAGAGCACCUGGAGAAAACCCAAGCAUUCCACAGAGGAAGUACGAGUUCACUACGGACAACAGCGGAAUUGAAUCGGGGUCACUGCCGCUGUAAUGGUGUUACAGUAACUGCUACACUAAAAUGUUAACAUUAGGACCUUUCAUGAUUUCAGUUAUGAAAUUCUGAUACAUAAUGCAUUGGGGGAAAAUCAGUCACCAACUUGCAUACAGCUUGAUCUCACAAAGAUCAAUAUCAUAUCACAUUUAAUAUACAAUUUUUGUGAAUGUUAACUGAAAGACUGAUAUGACUAAAGCACAAGUUUGCUUCUAUAGAAUGCCUUGGAAAUUAUUCACAGGUAGCUUUAAAAGUGCUUUGAUUUAACAUCACAGUUGAAGGAUGGAAUCAGUGAUGGUCUCACAGGUAUUGAUUGCACAUUCACAUCUCUACAGAGGCAAAUUAACCCACAAUGAUUAUGACUAGUAAUCCAUAUGGACACCACAGUCCCAACAGAAUGUGCUAAUAGCAAGAGGUUUACCUACAUUUAAAAAAAAUGGCUUUCAAUGACAUUAUAUCUUUCAUAUCUUCAACAUGUCCAAAAAGAGUUUCCAGCCAAGUAAAUAGCUUUUAAAGUGCAGUCAUUGUUGUAAUACAACUGUGAAGCAGGGAACAUCACAACUGACAUGCACACAAGUUUCCAGAGCAGUAAAGCCAUGAAGAGCAGAUAAAUGUUUCAGUGAUGUUAAUGAAGAAUAAGUACAGUAUGGUGACAUUAGAGUUAUUGUGCAGUUGUUUUAUUCAAAGUAAAUCUCGCAAAUUAAUAUAUUUACACAUUUGAUUAGUCCACAAAGCAGUUCUGUUUUGUAAUAUAGAGAAAUAUGUAAACUUGAGCUGGGGAGUCAUUAAUGGAUAAAUAAACUACUGAUUAAAUGUGAAAUACCAACUGGAUCUGGAAUUUCUCUAGAGCAAUAUGAUAUAUGAGAACAAUGUACAAGUUACACAGUAAUCUCAUAUGGAUUUCAGUACAAAUAUUUGUUUCAUACAUAUUCCCAAACAAUGUAACAGCAUUCUCUAAAAUGGUGAGCAGAAAUUAAUACUAUAAUAACACAGCAGUUUAAAACAAAAGUACAAAUUCUGGGCUGUCAAUACAACAAUUAUUAGUUAAUAAUUUGUGCACUAAUAAAAUCACUGCAGCACUAUAUGAAAAGAAUAAUGAAAUGUCUGACUUUGACUGGAUCAAUAGACAGUAGGUGCAGGAGUAGGCCAUUUGGCCCUUCUAGCCAGCACCACCAUCGCUAGGCAUUUUCUGUUAAGGGGGAUGGGGAAAGAGAUCUGGGCCUAAGGGUUCAGGAAGAUGCAUGGGGAUGGGAGAUAGGGAAUUGAGGUGGAGUCGU